UGUUUGUGAUUACGCCAAAUCGUGUGCAAAAGAUGUAUGUUCGUUCUUUUAUAGAAAGAAUAUGUAAAGUAAAAUUAUAAUUAAUAGUAAAACGUCAGAGUGUAUAUAAUUUUCGAAGAACUUGACGAUAUUCUCUCCAAAAUUGUCUACAAUGAGUGAAAAUAAUCAGGACAAUUUUGAGCCUUCAGUAAAGAAGUACAGAAGAGAGGAGGAAGAAGAUAGUCCUUUAGACACAGACGAUGAGUAUGUGCCGUACGUACCUGUUAAGCAUCGUAAGAAACAAUUGCUUACCAAGUUGGGUAAGCUCGGGCAGUUGAAAGAGGAAGGUACCAGUGCCCUUGGGAAGAGCAGUAGUGAGAAUGAGAGAGAUGAUGCUGACAACGACGAUGGACAAGUCUGGGGAAGGAAGUCCAAUAUUUCUCUUCUGGAUCAACAUACCGAACUCAAAAAACUGGCUGAAGCCAAGAAGGAGAGCGCUAUGGAAAAGCAAUUGAAGGAGGAAGAGAAGAUCUUGGAGAGUGUUGCUGAGAAUAAAGCUUUGAUGGGCGUAGCUGAAUUGGCGAAGGGUAUUCAGUACAAGGAUCCUAUCAAGACUAGUUGGCACCCAUCAAGAACGAUACUCCAUUUGGGAGAAAUACGUCACGAACGAGUACGAAGAAAGCUCAGGAUACUUGUGGAAGGUGACGAGGUGCCGCCACCCUUGAAGAGCUUCAAGGAGAUGAAAUUUCACCGAGGAAUCCUGUACGGGUUGGAACAGAAAGGAAUCAUCAAACCAACUCCCAUUCAAGUUCAAGGCAUACCUACGGUGUUGUCUGGUCGUGACAUGAUCGGCAUAGCUUCCACCGGUAGCGGUAAAACAUUGGUAUUCGUUUUACCUAUUAUUGAGUUUUGCCUGGAACAAGAGUUGAAUAUGCCGUUCAUCAAAAAGGAGGGACCCUAUGGUUUGAUAAUAUGUCCUUCGAGAGAAUUGGCUAAGCAAACCUACGACAUAAUUCGACACUACACCACCAGCUUACGACAAGCGGACUGCCCGGAGAUACGUAGCUGUUUGGCGAUCGGAGGUGUGCCGGUUUCGGAGUCAUUAGUGACCAUUAACAAAGGAGUGCAUAUAAUGGUAGCAACACCAGGGCGGCUGAUGGAUAUGCUACACAAAAAGAUGGUCACCUUGAGCGUGUGCCGUUACCUUUGCAUGGACGAGGCGGAUCGUAUGAUAGAUAUGGGCUUUGAGGAAGACGUGCGAACGAUAUUUUCAUUUUUUAGGGGUCAAAGGCAGACGCUGCUGUUUUCCGCCACCAUGCCGAAGAGAAUUCAAAACUUCGCACGCUCGGCGUUGGUGAAACCCGUGACGAUAAACGUCGGGCGCGCCGGCGCCGCUUCGAUGAACGUGAUACAGGAAGUCGAGUAUGUCAAGCAAGAGGCUAAAAUUGUCUACCUCCUGGAAUGUCUCCAGAAGACCGCGCCGCCGGUGUUGAUAUUCGCGGAGAAGAAGCGCGACGUAGACGCCAUCCACGAAUACCUGCUCAUCAAAGGAGUGGAAGCUGUCGCGAUACACGGAGGCAUAGAUCAGGAAGAGAGAUCGCGUUCCGUCGAGGCGUUUCGCGGAGGUCGGAAAGACGUGCUGGUUGCGACGGACGUUGCGUCCAAGGGUCUCGAUUUUGCCGAUGUGCAACAUGUGAUUAAUUACGACAUGCCCGACGACGUGGAGAAUUACGUUCACAGGAUCGGACGUACCGGUCGUUCGGGACGCACCGGCAUCGCGACGACUUUCAUCAACAAGGCGAACGACGAAUCGGUGCUACUGGAUCUCAAGCAUCUGCUGAUGGAGGCGAAGCAGAAGGUGCCGCCGUUCUUGUUGGAACUCUGCUCGGAGAACGAGAAGUACCUCAAUCUGGGAGACGAACGUGGUUGCAGUUACUGCGGCGGUCUUGGUCACAGGAUCACCGAGUGUCCGAAACUGGAAGCCGUGCAGAAUAAGCAAGCGUCGAACAUCGGGCGUCGCGAUUACUUGGCUAGUAACGCGGCGGAUUACUAAAUGUCGAGAUUUUCGUUGCAACAUUUUUUCUUUUCGAUUAAUCUCGCAACGUAUCUCGUGUCCAGGAAAAUGUAUCUCCUGAGAAUUGCUGAAAAACAAAUUCGUUGGACACGGGAUGUGUUCCGAAACUAACGGAAAAAAGCAUCGCGACUUUUUCACAACCGACCGCACGUAUUUUAACUGUACAUAUGUAUAUAUAAAAAGAUUCAUUUGUA